AUGGGGAAGAAAGAAACGACCCUUGAGGGUCACGUCAGUGGACAAUGCAACAAGCCAAUGUCCGCACCCGCUCACAGCCUUACGCUGGAGCAAGUCAAGACCGAGCUGAAGACCGAUGAAUGGCAUGGUCUUGAUGACUCCGAAGCCAAGCGUCGUGUCGACGACUAUGGCGCCAACGAACUUGGAGAAGCUGAGAGCGUCUCCCCAGUCAAGAUUCUCAUCGCGCAGGUCGCCAACGCUAUGACGCUAGUCCUCAUCAUGGCCAUGGCUGUCAGUUUCGGUAUCAAGUCCUGGAUCGAAGGUGGUGUUGUCGCCUUCGUUAUCGGUCUCAACAUCGUCGUCGGUUUCUUCCAGGAAUGGUCCGCUGAGAAGACCAUGGAUUCCCUACGCUCCCUCAGUUCGCCUACUGCCCGUCUCAUCCGCGGUGGCCAGCAAGUUACCAUCCCUUCCGCUGACGUUGUGCCUGGAGAUGUCAUUGAGGUCAAGGUUGGAGACACCAUCCCUGCCGAUAUGCGUGUCUUUGACGCCGUCAACUUCGAGACCGACGAGGCUCUGCUUACCGGAGAGUCUCUGCCUGUUCGCAAGCAAGAGGACGCCACUUUCGAAGAGAAGACUGGUCCCGGAGAUCGUCUCAACGUUGCCUACAGCUCUUCCUCGGUCACCAAGGGCCGAGCCAAGGGAAUUGUCUUCGCAACCGGUGCCUACACCGAAAUUGGUGCUAUCGCUGCUCAGCUCCGCGAGACCAAGUCCAAGGUCCGACCUGUCAAGCGAAAGGAGAACGGAAAGGCAAAGCCUCACCGUUACCUCGAGGCUUACACACUCACCACUACCGACGCUAUUGGUCGCUUUUUGGGUCUCAACGUCGGAACGCCUCUCCAGAAGAAGCUUUCCAAGCUAGCCGUGUUGCUCUUCUUCAUUGCCGUCGUGUGUGCCAUCAUCGUCCUUGCAGCCAACGAGUUCAGUUCUCGCCAGGAAGUCAUCAUUUACGCUGUCGCCACCGGCCUGUCCAUGAUUCCCGCUAGUUUGGUCGUUGUGCUCACGAUUACUAUGGCCGCUGGUACCAAGUCCAUGGUUAAGCGCAAUGUUAUCGUCCGAAACCUGAAGUCCCUCGAGGCUCUCGGUGGUGUUACCGACAUCUGCUCUGACAAGACCGGAACGCUUACGCAGGGUAAAAUGAUUGCCCGUGGUGCUUGGAUCCCAGGUGUUGGAACCUACACUAUCGAGGAUUCCACCGCUCCCCAGGACCCCACUGCUGGUCACGUGCGCUUUGGCUCCGCUGCACCUAGCCAGAUGGACCUCAAGUCCGGAGGCGAGGCUUGCGGUGAGCGUCUCGGUGUUGAGAAGCUUGAAGGCCACAACAUCGAAGGCUUCGGUGAGUUCCUCAAGGUCGCGUCUUUGGCCAACUUGGCUGCUGUCAAGCAGAACAAUGAAGGCGCCUGGGAGGCUCAUGGUGAUCCCACCGAAAUCGCUAUCCAGGUUUUCGCCUCCCGGUUCGGCAUGAACCGCAGCCAUCUCGUCAAGGGCGACUCUGCUACCUGGGAGGAUCUCGUUGAGCUUCCCUUCGAUUCCGACGUCAAGCGCAUGUCAGUUAUCAUGAAGCACACCUCAGGCAACUACGCUUUCACCAAGGGUGCCGUCGAGCGCGUCAUUCAGAGCUGUACCACCUACCUCGCUGACGGCAAGGAGCAAUCUCAACCCAUCACUGACGAGUUCCGCGAGGAGAUCCUUUCCCACAUGCAAGCUCUGGCCAGUCUCGGUCUCCGUGUCUUGGCUCUGGCCAGCAAGAAGUACCCCGGCGAAGUUGAGAAGGGUGCUGAAGUUGCCCGUACCUCUGUCGAAUCCGACCUUGUCUUCCGUGGUCUCAUCGGUCUUUACGACCCUCCCCGUCCUGAAUCCGCUGUCGCUGUCCGCCAAUGCCACGAGGCUGGUAUUGAGGUCCACAUGUUGACUGGUGACCAUCCUGAGACAGCAAAGGCUAUUGCCAUUGAAGUCCAUAUCCUGCCAUCGGCCGACCGCUACAAGAGGAUCUCUGCCGAUAUCGCCAAGUCGCUGGUUAUGACUGCUUCUGAAUUCGAUGAACUCACUGAUGAUCAAGUCGAUGAGCUCCCUGUCCUGCCGUUGGUCGUAGCCCGUUGUGCGCCUAGCACAAAGGUUCGCAUGAUCGAAGCUCUCCACCGCCGCGGCCGAUUCUGCGCCAUGACUGGUGACGGUGUCAACGAUUCUCCCUCGCUGAAGCGUGCCGACGUUGGUAUUGCCAUGGGUCAAGCCGGUUCCGACGUCGCCAAGGAAGCCUCCGAUAUCGUCCUCACAGACGACAACUUCGCAUCCAUUCUCGCUGCCAUUGAAGAAGGUCGCCGUAUCUUCGACAACAUUCAGAAGUUCGUGCUGCACGUCUUGGCCGAGAACGUCGCUCAGGCUGGUACACUUCUCGUUGGUCUUGCCUUCAAAGACAGGACUGGUCUCUCCGUUUUCCCUCUUGCGCCCGUACAGGUUGUGUGGAUCAUCAUGGCCACAUCUGGAUUGCCUGACAUGGGUCUCGGUUUCGAACGCGCCGUCCCUGAUAUCCUGAACCGCCCACCUCAAUCCCUCAAGACGGGUAUCUUCACCAUGGAGUUCCUCGUCGACAUGGUCGUCUAUGGCCUCUGGAUCACGCUUCUCUGUUUGGCCAGUUUCGUGCUCGUCGUCUUCGGAUUCGGUGACGGAGAGCUCGGUCAGGGUUGCAAUGAGACAUAUUCCGAGCAGUGCGAGUUGGUUUUCCGUGCCCGCGCCUGCACAUUCGCCUGUCUGACAUGGUUCGCUCUCUUCCUCGCCUGGGAGAUGAUUGACAUGCGUCGUUCUUUCUUCCGCAUGCAGCCCGGCAGCAAGCGCUACUUCACCCAGUGGAUGCUCGAUGUAUGGAGGAACCAGUUCCUCUUCUGGGCCAUUAUGAUCGGCUUCGUCCUCCUCUUCCCACUCAUCUACAUCCCCGUUCUCAACACGGUUGUGUUCAAGCACGCCCCCAUCGACUGGGAGUGGGGCAUCGUCUUCGUCGAGACUGGUAUCUUCUUUGCCGGUAUCGAGCUCUGGAAGUGGUGCAAGCGCGUCUACUUCCGCCGUAUGGCUGCUAAGCACGGCAAUGGAAAGGUCGACAAGAACAUGGACAUCGAGGACCGUACCUUUGGUCGCUACUACAGCCGCGACUCUUCUGUCGCUGGUAGCGAGAACAUGCAGGAGAAGGCUUAG